AUGCGCAUAUCACCGCACAUACUUCCUACGCGUCUCACGCCUCUUCAGUCUCUCAUCGCGCGUCGGUGGCGGCCCCAAUGGAUCUGCCUACAUCGUCUGCGCGUUCAACAGCCAUGGCUUCGAAGCCUGGCUACGAGCACCACAAAGUCAACGGAUGAGAAAACAUACUAUGUGACGACGCCAAUCUUCUACGUCAACGCCGCUCCCCAUGUUGGACACAUGUAUACCAUGAUUCUGGCCGAUGUCUUGAAACGGUGGCAAGUGCUCAAAGGCCGACGCGCGGUCCUCCUUACCGGCACAGACGAACAUGGCCUCAAAAUCCAACGCGCCGCUGCGAAAGCCGGGAUAGAUCCUCAAGAAUUUUGCGAUUCAGGAGCAGACGUCUUUAAGGAACUGGCUGAGAAGAUGGACAUGAGUAAUGAGAUCUUCAUUCGGACCACGGAUAAAAAGCAUAAGGAUGGUGUAGAGUACGCGUGGCAGAUGUUGGAGGAAAGAGGAUGGAUCUACGAGGGCAGACACGAGGGGUGGUAUAGUGUCAGUGAUGAGACAUUCUAUCCACAAAAUCAGGUCCAGUUGGUCGUUGAUCCUCCAACCGGGAGGAAGAUCAUGGCCAGCAUCGAGACUGGGAAAGAGGUAGAGUGGACGAGUGAGAGGAAUUACAUGUUCAAUCUGAGCGCUUUUCGAGGUCAAUUGCUGGAAUUUUAUGAGAAGAAUCCGGACUACAUCACGCCCAAGAGCAGGAUGGAUGAUGUUGUGAGGCAGGUCAAAGAAGGGUUGGAAGAUCUGUCGAUAUCACGGCCAUCGGAGCGCUUGCAGUGGGGCGUGCAAGUGCCUACAGAUCAAUCACAAACGAUUUAUGUCUGGCUUGAUGCAUUGUUGAACUAUGCGACUGCUGUCGGGUACCCUUUCACACCUGGUCAGGAAACUGCAGCUGGAUGGCCUGCAGAUGUACAAGUUGUGGGCAAGGAUAUCGUGCGCUUCCAUUGCAUUUACUGGCCUGCAUUUCUCAUGGCUCUGGAUCUGCCACUGCACCAUCAAGUCCUCACUCAUGCACAUUGGACACUUGGCAAGCAGAAGAUGGCAAAAAGCACCGGCAAUGGAGUCAAUCCAUUCUUCGCCCUCGAGCGGUUUGGUAUAGAUCCUCUACGAUGGUACCUUAUACAUGAAGGCGGCAUCGCGGAUGAUGCAGAUUACGACAACAGCUUCAUCAUCGAGAAGUACAAGAAGGGCUUGCAAGGUGGGCUCGGCAAUCUUGCGAACAGAGUAAUGCGAGGUCAAGGGUGGGACGUACAGCGCGCGGUGAAGCGCUACAGUGGAGAAUCCUCGCCACUACAGUCGGAACUUGACACUGCCGCCAAGGACUUCUACCAAAGACUGCUGCAGCUCCCGCCAAAUGUCGAUGAGCAGAUGCGAUCGCUUCUCCCAAAUCGAGCACUGCAAACGAUCAUGAGUGGGAUCUUUUCGGCCAACGCUUUCCUUCAACACGCCUCGCCUUGGACGAUCGGCGAGAUCGACCGCAGCAUUUACUUGGCUGCCGAGACGCUCCGACUCACAGGGAUAAUGCUACAGCCCUUCAUGCCAACGGCAGCAAAGAAGCAGUUGGACUUCAUCGGCGUCGCUGAAGACAGGCGGACGUGGGACUGGUGUCGCGUCGGCGCGGAUGACACUUAUGGCGUGUCUGCUGUAGUGCUUGGGAAGAGCGGGUUAUUCCCGAAGCUCACCAGCGACUUGUAG